CCCUUUACUCAGAGAUGGGAAAUGGAUUAUAGCCAGAAAACAAACUGAAGGAAGAAAGAAAAAAGAAAAAAAAAACAGACCCAUUAUCCCAUUUCCUUUCAUUUUCAUCUCUCUCUCUGCUGAACUCUGUUAGAAGCCAAGAGUUCUAGAGAGAGAGAGAGAGAGGGAGGAAAAAAAAAAGAGUUCUAGAGUGAGAGAGAAAGAUUUUUCCUCUGUCAGAGCGUGAAGAGAUUUUCUGGGGGAGUUUCUGUUUGGUUGUCCAGAAAGGAAAAUCCAUAGGAUUUUGCCUUGUGUUUUCCUUUUGGGUACAUAAAAAGAAAAUUUAAAUUUGGCGAAUUAUAGUGCUGUUUGCUGCUUAAGAUGAAUGAGGACAGACAAAUGGAAGUACAUUAUAUCGACACCGGCUUCCCGUACACGACGACAGAGAGCUUUAUGGAUUUCUUUGAAGGGCUCCAUCACCACCAGGUACCUGCUUAUGGCAAUGCUGGGCCAUUGCUUGAUCAGGGAAAUGCAUACUGGUCGAUGAAUAUGCAAUGUUACAAAUUUGGAGUAUCCGAUCCCGGGAAUACAUAUUACGGCCAUUCCGAGGAAAGUCAUCAUUUGCCACCUUCAAUGGAUAUUGGUGAAAGGGGGUGGGAGUAUCCUUCAACCGUGACUGUCGAAAAUCCUGAACCGACGUAUGCACCAUCGGUGGAGGAGGAUGUUGUAGAUGCUCAUUUUAUACCCGAAGAAGAAUGUGAUUUCAGUCAUCAAGAGGAGGAGACCAGUACAUCUCAAGUUGUAUGGCAAGAUGAGAUUGAUCCUGAUCACAUGACCUAUGAGGAACUAUUGGACUUGGGCGAAUCGGUUGGAACUCAAAGUCGGGGGCUUUCUGAAGAACAAAUAAGUCUGCUUCCGACUGCGAAAUGCAAGUUAACGAGCUUUUUCUCGAGAAAAAAGCCAGAGGAAAGAUGUGUGAUUUGCCAAAUGAGGUACAAGAGAGGGGACAAACAAAUAAAGUUGCCCUGCAAGCAUUUCUACCAUAACAAAUGCAUAACCAAAUGGCUUACUAUAAACAAAAUAUGUCCGAUCUGCAACAUCGAGGUGUUUGGAGACGAAGGCGUGAAUGCGUCUGGCAGCGAUAACCGACAGUAGAUUUUUGGAAGCUCUAACAUUUUGCUCCUCCUCUCCUUCCUUUUCCAUUUUUGCCUUCUCCUCCAUUUUGUACAUCUCUACUUAACUAAGUAAAAAUUAAGUACUCUAAUCCUCAAUCUUCCUCCCACACUUGCCUUCUGCCAAAGAGAAACAAAUUGUAACCUCAUUUAACAACUUAUCAACUUCUUCGCCUGAAGAUUGAAGUCUAGUUAUCAUCUUAAAUUUAGAUUAGCUUGUUUUAUAGUCAUUUUUCGAAAUCGGGGGUCUGUGUUGGAUUCUAGUGAUUAACGAUAUUCGGAUCUUUGGACAAGUCAAGAUUAGAUUGAGAGAUGUUUUGAAUCUAA